AUGAACAAAUUAGUUUUGUUUGUAACUAUUUUUACUUCAACGUUGACAACAAUUAUAAAUGCCGAUAAUGAUUUUGAGGACACAUCUACCGGUAAAUUUCAAAGCGAUUGUAUUAAAUGGCAUAACUAUUACCGUAAACUUCAUGGGGCGUCACUACUUAAACAUAGCGCUAAACUAGAAGAUUUUGCCCGCUAUCGGGCCACGGAAAUUGCCAAACAAGAUGGCAGUAAUUUUCGGCACCCCGACGACCUCGACUACGGCGAAAAUCUGGCCUGGAAUUCAAUUGUCAACGUUGACUGUCGGGUACCGUUAAAACUAUGGUACGAUGAAUGGAAAAUCUAUAACUAUCGCAAACCAAAUAUAACCGCAAGAAACGGACAUUUCACACAAAUGGUAUGGCGUGACACCCGUAAGAUAGGAUGCGGACGGGCUGUUAGCAGCGGACCACUGGGCGGUACAUACACUGUCUGCAAUUACGAUCCGCCCGGUAAUUAUAUUGGGGAAGAGCUUGAAAAUGUUAAGCCGGCCCUGAAAAAGAAGCACCGGUCACAACCACCGACAUCACCGAAACGGACAGUCAAACCACGGGGCGGCGGUAAUAAUAAUAAUAAUAAUAGACGACCAAAAUUGCCGCCGAAACUACCGAAAACUGACAAUUUAUAA